UAUGACUGCAGACGACAAGACGAAGAACAGCAGAACCAGAAAUUAUAUGGCUAAUCUAGGCUACAUGAACCACUGAAGACUGAAGUGGUAAACCAUGUUUGACCAGUUCCCGUCCAACGCUGGCCUUUCUCUAUGGCCAGAUCCACCAGAAACAAAGAAUGAAUUCAUUUGUUACCUGAGUGGUGGAUUUGGACUAAUCUACAUUAUUUGUUUGGUCUUAGCCUAUGCUAGCAGCAGGUCAAAGUCAAGCAUAAUCCUAGUACCACCAAAUGAGGAAGUGGAGGAUGAGAAGUCACUGCACAAGUAUCUAUUAGUAUUAACAACAUCUCUUAUACCAGGUUCCAGCUGCUCAUCAAAUGCUAAAGUAUUCAUACAGGUAAUUGGUCAAAAUCUCAAAUCCAAUUACUACAUGGUUAAGGUUUUCUCAGGUGACAGAUUCCUUCUUCAGCGAGGCAAUAAAGACAUUCUUCUGAUACGUACUAAAGAUUACCUGGGUCCUCUACAAGAAGUCAAAGUUGUUGUGUCUGGAUUAAAGACUGUUACAUGGAGACCCAGUUCUGUGUUAGUGACUUGCAUGACAACAGGGAAGACCUAUUCUGUGGACUGUCGACUUGUAAAUGCAAACAAUACUGCUGCACAAGGGGAAGAUAGUCAUGUUUUUCCCCUUUGAUAACAGGAAAUUGUGGAGUUGGCAUGCCAUCUUUGGAAGGAUUGCUACCUUUCACCCAUGGUUAUCUCCAUUUAAUGUGCCUUUAAGGUUUGGCAAGUUCUCAACUGUUGCCAGCACCAGCUUUGUCUUCCUGGCCUUGACUUUACUGAUGACCUGGACUUUGAUGGGUUACAUUCUAACAUCCAACAAUGUCACUGACAAUUUCUCCAUGGAGAUUGAGUUUGUCAUCAUGACAGUAAUUGUUGGAGUAGCUGUCAACCUCAUCAUGUAUCUUCUUAGUAUAUUAAUGAGGAACAUCAAAUCAGGAAAGAAAGAAAUAAUUGACAAUUUGUUUCCUAAAUCUUACAUGAGUGAUAAAAAUACAGAUGGAGAAAACUAUGAUGAGAAGCAAGGGGAAAUAUCCGCUUUUAAGAAGAAUGUGUCACAGGUACAUCUCAGUAUAACCCAUUUUCCUUCAGUACUCAGCAGAAGAUCAUCACAUAGUGCCAAAAUUGGUGAUAAACAAAUGUCUGAUACAUUUAUGUCAAUAGAUCUACAGUCAGAACAAAAUGACAAUAUUGUAUCGGACAAACAUUUAAGUAAACUUAACAGAAACCUUGACAAGGAUGAAGACAUAGUUGAUGUGGGAUCAAGCAAUGACAGAGCUAAACACUACAAGGGUGUGUCCAAUAGUAGUACUUAUUUAGAAGAAGGAAACAGGGAUGUUUUUAAAAGCAGCACUGAUUUUGAAGUUUGUCGUUUAGAAGAAGACUCGAGUAUGGAGUUAAUUGCUUCAGACCAAAAGAAAUCAGUUUCGGAUAUGAAUGUAAGCUUUAUUUCUCUUGAUCAAUUUAGGGAUGUAGAACAGGACAGCAACAAUUCAGCAGACAAAGAUGGUAAUAAUAUGAGAAAAAAGAAUGGCAAAAUGGAGAGAAAUGAUACUAAAUCAUCAGAAGAAGAUGUAAAGAUGUAUGCUUAUGGGAGAAAGAAUGAUAAACAUGAACCUGCUAAAAGACCUGUUGAAAAGGUGGAUGCUUCAAACACUUCUUUAUCUGAUGCUGAGCUGUUUGAUGAAUUCAAAUUUUUGGAUAUAGAAUCAGAUGCGUUCUUAGAUGUGGCUCAUUCUGAAUCCAAAAUGAAAGGAAAUGGACAGUUACACUCCGUCAGUAAUGAGUGGCAGAGUAAUGUGGAUACCUGUUUGAAGGAUUGUGCAUAUAGUCUCUCUUUACCAUGCACUGUUAAACAGCAACAAAUGCUAACAACUACAGAAAGUGAUCUAUUGCAAGCAGGCUGUGAGGGUGGUAGAGUACAAGACACUUUAAACAGGGAAGAAGAGUCACUUCAAAACUCUUCAUUUCUACCAAAAACAGAAGAAUUUCUUCAGAAUUCUUUUUCAAAACCCAAAACUGAAGAAUCCACUGGAAGUUAUUUAUCAAGACCAAAUGAGGAUGGUUUUGCAGAAAGUCCAUAUUCCAAGCCAAUUAUACCUUCAAAUCAUAGUGACGUAGAUGGUAAGGUAGAACACAUGAAGUCAAAAGAACAAUGUACAUCACACCAGGGUCCUAGGAUAAAGGAUGGACAAGAGGGCAGUCCAACUUUCCAGGAUAUAAGUCAGGACCAUCUUUCCUGUGAUGAGGUCAGCAUACAUAUGUACACUGCUGGUGAAGCAGACUCACUGGAUGAAGAAGAGCUUUUUUUGGAGAUAGAAAAUAAGGCUUCUGUGAACCAAUUCUGCUCCAUCAGUAUAGAUGAGCAGACUGCUAUCUCAGACUCCGGGAUGAGAGAUGAAUCGACUUGCCUUCACUCUGUCCUGCUACCCCAGAAAAAUUUGACAUUCUCAGAAUCUGAUGAGGUACAGCAGCAGAUCAACAGAAGAAAUACACAACUCCAAGGAAAAGCUAGAAUGUUAUCUUUACAACUACUGUUACAUUUCUGUGAGAUACGUCGCCUGCUACUGACCUGUGUUGAUUCCAGCAUCAUAUACCACAAAACAAAAGUGGCUGCACGUACAUGGAUGACUAGCUUAAUAGAGGAACAACUGUUCUCUGUUCUACAUACAAACAGGAUACUGGCAAUCCAGAGAGACCACCUUGCUGUGAAGAUGACUGGUCUAGGCGAUGAAGUGUUAGAAUGGCCCCAGAGCCAGAAUAUGGGUGCACGGUGUAUCAAAAAGUGUAUACAGCAUGUUUGUGAGGCCAUGGCCUUCCCCAGACACCAGAACUUCAGACAGAGGCUUGACAGAGGAAUACAGGACACUCUAACACAACAUCUAUAUGACUUCACUCAACAGUUCCAUGAUCAUCUAAAACAAAACUCCAAGUGGACUCAUGACUUGUGGUCAUCAGUCUCUACAGAUGAUAGCAUGGCCUACAAUCUGACAAGUGUGUAUGUGUCCCAGUCAUCCCCCCAGGUACUACAGCAUAAAGACAAUUUUCCAACACUAGUGGUAUCCAAAUCAGCUGAGUAUAUGGACUCUCAUCUACAUGAACUAUCCUACUUUUACAUGGAAUGUGUGCAGAAAUGUUUUUCAAAGGAUGAAGGAAAAAACUUCAGUGUAUCUGUGAUGCCAAUGCCCACAUGUUCAGGAGAGGAUCAAGAGGAAGUGCAAGUGUUACUUGGCCCACCACAGUUUUCCCGGUCAUUUAAGGAGCUGUCACUGGAAUCACAGCUGUAUAGGGUUGCCUUAGAUGGAGCAAUGAAAGAAUUAUGGCUGGAGUACCAAGACCCUGUUACUAUCUACACAACAUUUCUCAUGCAGGCAGUUACUCUUGAUAAACUUAAAACUGUGCUACCAUAUGAGAGCCAAGAAAACUUGACCAGUGACCAUGACAGUGCUGAAGUUUUGAAUGGAAAACAACAUAUCCAUGGAAAUAAACAUACCAACAUAGAUAACCAAGAUGUGGAAGGUUCCGAGCCAACAAGAACUUUGAGGGCAACCCUCAGUGGAAAGUUGGCAACAUAUUCAGGAGCUUUGUCUCGUAAGUUAAGCUUACUAAGAGAGUCAAAAUCAGCUUUAAUUACAUUACUCUCAAAGAAAUCUGAGACUACAGCCAAAAAAAAUGUAGACCUGCAUCCCUUGAUUCCAUGUUUGGACAAAAAGUGGCAUCAGCUUGGGUUCCAUCAUAGUUUGAAUGUCCAAAAAAGUUUGACUCAAGCUUUGAUGUCAAAACUGGUGAAAGAUUUGAAAAAGGAACAAGACAAGUCUAUACUAUCAAAAGAGAACUUGGCACUGGAAAGUGUGUCAUGUUUUUACAGGAUUGAAAAAGAACUCUUUAGUGAGCUGGACAAAUGUGCAACAGCUUGCUUUGAAAGAUGGUGUCCUUACAUUCAACAAAUUGUAGCUGACUUUGAAAUUGACACUUGGAGGACCAGAGACCAAGUCUGUGCUGUGGUUGAUGUUGCUGGCCAAGAAAUGUUAGCUUCCCUAGACAGCAUUGUAAGGGACUUAGUCAAGAGGGAGAUUGUCGAAUACACAGCUACCCAAGCCAUCCAGAAUUCCAUCAGCCAGACUUUCAGUAAAGCAGACAAACUACAGAUCCCAGUGACUGAUAAUGGAGAGGCAGCGACAAGUUAUGAAAUGAACCUGGCAGAACUCAUUAAAGAUUUCCAACCUUUGAGAAUAUACCUGUCCCGUGUCACCACAUUGGAAAAGUUGAUUUCCAAAGAAGUCAUAAAGGCCAAUUUUCUUGAUCGGUAUCAGCAAAAACACAACAAAUUUGCAGCGAUAACCUUACAACAUGUUCUGGACUCCUACUAUGAGAAAGACCUUGAUAAGAUGGACACUUCACUUACAAAUGACACUCUACAGCAGCUAGAAUGGCAUGUUCUUCAGGAAAAUACCAAAGUGAUUCCAAGCAUUUUUGGAAGAUUGGUGACCUUCAUGAUGUUCUGUGUGACAGUCUUUUGCCUUGUCUAUGUCACGCUCACUGGAGGCUCCCUGACCGUCACUCAGAUUCAGGAAUGGGUGUCAUGUUUCUGUAUCAGUAUUGCACUCUAUGGAUUUAUACUUGAGCCCUUUGUUGCUGUGGUUGGAUAUCUCCGAUACUAGAUUGUAUUUGAAUAGAAGUCAUGGUUCAGUUGAUCAGGUUAUAAGACCUCUAUGGUCAGAUAAUAGAACCUUUGUAACCAUGGUAAGAUAUAUGGCCAGAUAUCUCGGAUAAGAGGACCUCUGUUGUCAUGGUCAGAUAUCUCCAAUAAUAGACUAUCGUUGGCAUGGCCAAAUACCUGAGAUAAUAGAACUAUUGUUGUCAUGGUCAGAUCUCCAAUAGUAGAACCUUUGUUGUUAUGAUUAUUAUGAUUGGGUAUCUCAGAUUUGUAAAUAAAAUAUGUUUAAAUUAAAAUCAGAAUCUUUGUUGCCAUUGCCAGAUAACUCAGAUAAUAGAACCUGUGUUUCUAUGGUCAGUUAUCUCAUAUUAUAGAACCUAUGUAACGAUG